GUGCGGCAGGAACGAGGCAGGAGCUCAGCCGCCGUCCGCUGCCUCUUUUCGAGCGGGAAGUUGGCACCGGGCAGCCCCUCCGUCAGCGAGGCCGGGCGCGCGUCUCUCCCCGCAGGGCAGGCGCACCGAGGCAGAGGGGCUGCCGGGCCCUGCGAGCACGCUUCCUUCCCCGGCCAGGGAGCGGCAGCCUUUUCCCCGCGUGGAGGGGUGAACAGGAAGAGCCGCGCGGACCCCGCCAUGGACCCCAAGGAGAGGAAGAAGAUCCAGUUCUCGGUCCCUGCGCCCCCCAGCCAGCUGGACCCCAGGGCCGUGGAGAUGAUCCGUCGGCGAAGGCCAACGCCAGCCUUGCUGUUCCAGUUGUCCGAAACUUCAUCCCCUGAAGAUGAAGCAACCCCCUACCAGAGAGCUUUGGGUGAAGGCUACCAUCUUAAAAACAAAAGAAACUCCCCUUGUGUCUACACACCUCCUUCUCUGAAAGCCGUGCAGCGCCUAGCACAAAGCCAUUUGGAAUCCAACACUUCCUGGAUGGAUGAAGACUGUGCUGAGGAUGCUGAGGAAGAUGAAGAGGAUGAAGAAGAGGAGGAGGAGGAGGAGGAAGCACAGGAUUCAGAUGACACUGUGAGGGAGAUGCCUGGACUGUGUAAGCCUGGAGUAUCUCCGGGACAGAAGCAUCCAGGUUCUGGUUCCAAGGCAACAUUGCUCAGGCAAUGCACUGUCUUGGAAAAUAAACCCAAGGAACCUGAGCAUCCUGUCUAUCCAGCUCUCUCCAAAUCACAGAAACGGAAAGGUGGACAGAAAGUAUCCUUUGCUGGAUCUGUAGAGGAGGUCCCUGCUGAACUGGAGGAACCAGAAGAUGCUGAAGAAGGGGGAGCCCAGGAUCAACAGAACCAGGAAGCAGAAUCAGGACAGGAAGAUCCGCCACAAACAGGUAAUGCAGAUCAUGCCAUGGAACUGAGUCACUCCAGCUGGGAAGAGAGACCUCCUUGUGCUCUUAACCUGGAAAACCGUUCCUCCCCACCCCCAAUUCGUACUACUACCUAACGGCAGGAGGUGAAGGGUUGAGUUGGGAGCUGUCCAUUAAUGGAGAACUCUCAUUUUUCACCAAGACAAAUUGGAUUAUUUCCUUUAACAACUAUUUUCUCUUUUAUCCUAUUUUCUGUUCCAAUUUGGUCUUUCUUUUGGCAGUGUUUGGCUUGUGUUCAGUGAAUUAUUUAAUACAGUGAAAGAGUGAAUGGAAAGCCACUGGGCACAGAAACAAGGAAUAAAGCUUCCACAUUCAGAAAUGGGUCAGUCUGGAUGUCCAGGAGCUGGGGACAAGUGAUAGAGUCUACCUAUCUCUACCAUGCUUUGCUUGUAAGGUUCCCUGGGGAAUGAAGGGACAUCAGGCUGGGAGCUGUCUGAUGUACAGGGCUGGGCAAAAUGCUUGUUUUGUGUGACCCAUCAUGGCAGCUCUUAAAUGUUCGUGCCUCUGCUCAUCCACAUAGAUCUGAAUUUCCAUAACUGUAUUCUGUGAGACCAGUAGAAAUGGUUUUAUUAAGGGGAUUCAGGUAACCAGGGUGCUUCCAGGCAGAUGGCUCCUUUGAGCUACCAGACAAAAGACAGGUAUUCUAUCUUUGUCUUCUUGAUGGAUUUUUGGUGGUUCCAGACAGAAGGCUCCUAGCAGAAAGCAUUUUGCAGCUGUUCCAUAUUUUUCUCCUUAACAGAUUUUGUGGGGAAGGAAAAUUAUGAAAGAGCUGGUAGGAAAAUACUCAGGGAAGGGCUCAUGAGUAGAAGGCAACAUCUGGAUCCCUUUAAACUUCCAUGAAUGAGAUAGGGUGAUAGCAUAAAAGCCUCCUCUGAAAGCAGCCUUUCUGUAGUUAAAAAAAGAAAGAAAACAGUGGGAGGAAAUCCCAAAUAAAAGGCAAAGAUACCUGGAACUCCUGCAGUUCAGUGAAUGUGGCAGAGAGACUGUACAUUAAAAACCUUAUCUGGAAGCAACCCUGGUCUGCAGGCAUUGGCCAUUAGAUUUCUGGAAGCCUAAUUUUGAAUAAAAGUACAAAUGUUCCAAUAAUUGGCAACCAUAGCUGAAUUUAGCCUGAUAAGCUAGAGGGAAGAUCAUUAAUUGGCCCAUUUAGAACCUCUCUCACCCCCACCCCAAUAUUCCCCUCAUCUCUCUGAAACCUACAAAUCAAGAUCCAGUUUCAUAGUCAAAGCUGCUCUUUUGCUUUCUAUGCCUUCAUCACAUUUCUCUCCCUGUGUACUAAGCAAUGUCUUUCCAUGUGCCUCUCUG